UGAAUUACAAAGAUUGAAUGCUCUCUAUAACCAGAAGUUUCUUUCAUGUAAAUCCCCAUCAAAUAUGUGGAAGUUAUUAAAGGAAAUCACAGGUGGUAAGCAAAUGAUGAAUGAUAUUUCUGUAGAUGUUAACAUGCUUAAUGAAUCCUUCAUAUGUAUCCCAGCAAAUGUUAUGAUUCCUAACUCAAAUAGUGUAAAUAAUGACUGCUUCUCAUGCUUUAACACGAAUGAUGUCCUCAAGUGUCUUCAAUCUCUCAAGCCUACUCAGUCCCUCGGUCCUGAUGGUGUUCCUGCUGUUAUCCUUAAGAAGUGUGCCGACAUCUUGUGUUCCCCAUUAACUGACAUUUUCAACGAAUCGUUUUCCAAAAGUAUUAUACCUGAAUCAUGGAAAAAUAUCAAGAUCGUUCCAGUGCCUAAAUCAACAAGUGGACCUAAUGUUAAGUUUAGACCCAUUGCUAUUACCUCACCUUUUUGAAAGUUAUGGAAAGACUUAUUUUACUUAAUCUUGAACCCUCUUUAAAGCCUUUCAACGACCCCAACCAGUUUGCUUAUAAACAUAGUAGGUGUACGUUAGAUGCCGCUGUUGUCCUACAUCAUAGUAUAGUCUCUAGUUUAGAUAAAGGAGCUAAAUACGUUCGCUGUGCCUUCCUUGAUUACACAUCUGCAUUUGACUCUGUUCCCAGGUCUCUCUUGCUAAGUAAGCUUGCUGCAACACAGGCUGAGAGCUGGACAAAUAAGUGGUUGCAUUCCUAUUUUUCUGAUAGGAAGCAGUACACCGUCUACAAUGGAAAGUCCUCCACUACCUCACUUACUUUAGCUGGUGUUCCUCAAGGUGCUGUUCUUUCUCCCUUUCUGUUUUCGUUUUUCUUACAUGACUUGCCUCAUUCUGAUGUAGCCACUUUUGUUAAGUAUGCCGAUGACCUCUCGGUUUCUAUGCCUGUCAACUCUCAGUCAGAUUGUUCCAAAUUAAAUAACUUUCUGUCGGAAAUUAGUCAGUGGUCCUCUUCAAACGGACUUAAGCUUAAUCCGUCUAAAUGUCAGGUAGUCAAUUUCACUUUCAGACGUAAAUGUGACCUACAGCAACUAGUUAGCUCACAUGGCCCCACUCUCAUUGACGGCACAGAGGUUGAAAAUACAUCUAAUGUCAAGUACCUUGGGCUGAGUUUUUCCACCGAUCUUUCCUGGUCUUCCCACAUCUUGCUAGUUACUAGAAAGAUGUUUCGCUUAACGUUCUACAUUAGGAAAUUUAGGCAGUCUGGCAUAAAGCAGUCUUUGCUUUCUCAGUUUGUAAAUUCUUGUAUUCUACCCAUCCCCCUUUACUGCUCCCCAUUAAUCUUUCCUGGACUACUUAAGAAAGACUUUGCUUCGCUGAGAAGGGCACUAAAAGCCGUUAGUAGGGCAAGUGGGAUAUCGUUAAACCAACUGGUUAACACUAUUGUAGAUAGACAUAUUAUAUCAUGUAAGAAACUAGCGAAUACAAUAUUGUCGGACCCCGAGCAUCCUCUCUAUACACAGCUGUCUCCUUGCAUUUCAUCUGGUAUAACUAGAAGCAGCUAUAGGAGGCUAUAUGCUAGGACUACCAAAUACAAAAACUCCACAAUACCAUAUCUGGCACAGCUGUUAUGUGAUGAGAAAUCCGUUAGGUAUGACACGAUAAACUUACUGCGGC